AUGACAUCCAACUACAGCAACUUCACUGCCAAUGUUGAUUGUCUCGUCACACCGAAGGUGACUGGUACCAUUCCGUCGGCAAAUGUUAGAGUGGAUUCCUGGCAUAUUACAUCCGGUGUACUGUUGGCCGAUGCUUCAUUCAACCGUCUACGAGAAGUGGAAAUGCUGAUUGGUGCCGAACAUUUCUUCAACAUUCUGAAGCAAGGCCAAAUCAAACUUGCCGAUCACCUGCCUACCUUGUACGAAACACAGUUCGGAUGGGUCGUGGCUGGGUCGUACGAGGAAAUGCAAGAAGAUUCUUCAGUAUGUGUCAACCUUGCUGUAACCGAUGGAUUGGAAGCAUGCUUGCAGCGGUUUUUCGACCAAGAGGAAAUCGCUGAACCAACAAUGAUGACGAGUGAAGAAGAACGUUUCGAAGAACACUUUCAACGGACUUAUCGUCGUAAUGAAGAUGGACGAUUUGUUGUCCAGCUGCCAUUCCGUGAAUCAGUGGACCAGUUGAAAGGUUACAGAUCCCUGACGUUGAAACGAUUCCUGUUGUUGGAGAAAAUAUUGGCGCGAGAUCCUGACCUGAAGGCUCAGUAUGCGAAGUUCAUCGACGAAUAUCAAUCGUUGGGUCACUGCCGUGAAGUGAGGGAGGAAGAAGAUCCUCCUGGUCUACAAUCGUACUAUCUGCCGCAUCACUGUGUCUUCAAGCCAUCCAGUAGCAGCACAAAGUUUCGUGUUGUGUUUGACGCAACAACCAAAGCGAGUAAACUGUCCCUGCAUGACGUACUAAUGACUGGAACCAGCAGCCAAAGUGACCUGUUCAGCAUCGUACUACGUUUUCGAACCCAUACCUACGUUUUCACCGUAGACGUAUCCAAAAUGUACCGACAAAUUCUCGUUGAUCCCUCCCAGACUCAGUACCAGAGAAUCUUCUGGCGAGGACACCUGUCGGAAGUACUGAAAGCCUUGGAGUUAUUGACCGUUACCUACGCUAGCCCGGACGAGAGUGAGGAUUAUCCAACCAAGAAGUUACGUCGUGAUUUGGAGGAGUUGAUGCUGAAAGGUGGAUUUCCAAUUCGAAAGUGGUGUUCAAACUCAGAAGAUGUGCUUGAAGGAAUUCCUGAAGGAAAUCAAGAGACCCUAGUGCCCAUCCAGGACUCCAGCGCAAAUGAAGUAAUCAAGGCUUUGGGACUUCUGUGGGAUCCAAAGAAAGACCUGUUCCUGUUCUUCAAGUCGUCUGAACCAACGGAUAACGUAGACAAACCAACGAAGCGGCGUGUCCUGUCCCAAAUAGCGAAGUUAUUUGAUCCAUUGGGAUUAGUGUCACCAGUGAUCGUCGAAGCAAAGAUGAUCUUGCAGUGCCUGUGGGCUACCAACCUUGGAUGGGAUGAACCUAUGGAAGGUGAGUUACUCCAGCGAUGGACAGAGUUCCAGACAUCAUUGAGCCACCUCAACAAUUUCAAGACUCCAAGAUGCGUUGUGGUUCCUGAUACGGAAACAAUGGAGAUUCAUGGUUUCGCUGAUUUCUCCAAAUGUGCGUAUGGCGCAUGUAUUUACCUUCGCUGCAUUCGUAAAGACGGGUCAACAGUGUCUAAUCUUUUAUGCAGUAAAUCCAAGGUAGCUCCCCUUCGUGAGUUGACCAUCCCUCGACUAGAGUUGUGUGCCGCUCAACUGUUAGCCAAGCUGGUGGAUAAGGUGAUCCCGACGUUAAAACUGGAGAUCCGCAAAAUCAGAUUGUGGUCCGAUAGUCAAAUAGCCUUGGCUUGGAUAAGGAAACCUUUGGAUGGGCUGCAAGUCUUCAUUCGCAACCGAGUGGCUGAAAUCAACAAACUGACCAAACACUGCCGCUGGAGCUACGUCAAUACGGAUGAAAACCCGGCGGACAUCGUAUCCCGAGGAAUGAAACCAACCCUGUUAAACAAAUGUCAGCUGUGGUGGAACGGUCCAGUUUUUCUUCGUGAAGUCAGCUAUAGGAUGGAGCCAAUAGAAGAGAUUCCCGACGACCUGAUUCCUGAACUAAAAACUGUGGUCAUCGCAAACCCGAUAGUGAAGAAACUCGAUACUAGCUUUGAACGGUUCGAUUCAUUCUACAAACUGCAGCGUGUUUACGCUCACAUAGCACGCCUCGUUCGCCGUGUGCAAACUCCUAAGGAUAAGCGAGAUUCCUGUGGACGAUUGACCGUGCAGGACAUGCGUAAGGCGACAAGUUACAUCAUCCGUGUUCUUCAACAAAACGAACUACAUGAGGAGAUCCAGUGUGUCCAACAUGGUGAAAUUCCAAGGCGUCUGGCCGCAUUGCAACCAUUCAUAGACAAGGACGGUUUCCUACGAGUCGGUGGACGUCUACAAAAUUCGAAAUUGUCCUUUGACGCCAAACAUCAACUGAUGCUUCCACCAAAACAUCGAGUAACGGAGUUGCUUAUCAAGAAAAUUCACGAAGAACGACUCCACGAAGGCCAGUCCGGAGUAUUGGCAGCAAUUCGUCAGAGAUUUUGGCUCAUCAACGCCCGUUCAACCAUCCGCAAGGUAAUCCAUAAUUGCAUGAGAUGUUUUCGUAUGAAGCCAAGGAUGAUCCAACCACUAAUGGGGAAUCUUCCUGAAUCCCGAGUGAACAUUGCCGCACCAUUCGAACUGACUGGCGUCGACUACGCUGGGCCAGUUUUCGUGAAGGAAGGUAAACGUAAGACAAUGGUCGUGAAGGCAUACAUCGCUUUAUUUGUGUGCGUAGUAUCAAAGGCGGUUCACCUUGAACUUGUGUCAGACCUAACAUCGGAGGCAUUCCUGGCCGCACUAGACCGGUUUGUGAAUCGACGGGGCAUAGUGCGGAAAAUAUUCUCGGACAACGGAACAAAUUUCGUUGGUGCAUUCAAGGAGUUACGCCAGCUACGUGCCUUGUUCAAUGAUGAGCUCGAAAAGGAUAAAAUCAACAAUUUCCUGCUACGUCGAGAAGUGGAAUGGGAAUUCAUCCCACCGAGAUCACCGAACUUCGGAGGAUUGUGGGAGGCUGGAGUAAAGGUGGUAAAAUUGCAUUUGGCAAAAACCGAUAUCUCCGGCUCAUCUCAUGCUUGGAAGACCACUGGAACCGAUACUCAAACCAUCAUACGAGGACGUUUCUAUCAAUCGUCUGACAAGAUGGCAGUAUCUGAAUCAGCUGCGGGACCAUUUUUGGAAAAGGUGGUCUCGAGAGUACCUGUCAACACUACAAUCAAGAGCGAAGUGGACCAAGAAACAAUCCAAUAUCGACGUCGACACAGUUGUUCUAUUGGCAGAGGACAACCAACCAGUGCAAACAUGGAAACUAGCAAGAAUCGUCGCAGUUCAUCCAGGGAAGGACGGUAUCGGGCGAGUUGCUGA